CACGUUACUUUCGUAUCUCCUCGUCGGUGUCAUUUCCUGUCAAAAAAUUUCCAGGAGGUGAAAAAUAUAUACAGAUGCAUUAGAACUCUCGAGUUUCCUUAUUAUGUCGAUCAACGAUACAGAAGAUUUAGGGGAAUUCUUCACAUCUUUAUUGAAUGUUUUUGAAAAUACUAAUCGUAACUUAAACAGACCUUGGACAGCUCACGACAUAACCUUAAUCGAAAACAUCAGUCGUCGACUAGAAAGUUGUUUAGAGAUAUUAAAUGUUAUGCUUUCUGUGCUUGAUCCGGGGUCAGAUUUAAAUCUAACUAUUGAAACCCUAUACUCAACUGGACAUGAUCUUUUUGGACAAGCAACACAAAUGCUACAUACUUUGAAUAUUGAAGAGGGGGUUAAUCAUGUUAAUGAUGAGGGCGAAGACGCUUUGCUGUUCGAAGAAACAUCCACAGGACGACCAAAGUACAAUUUAAAUCAAUCAAUUAUGUAUUUAUAUGAAAGUGGGAUGUCAUGGAGCAGAAUGGCAAGUUGUCUCCAAGUCUCAUUGUCUACUAUCAGAAGAAGGAGAGAUGAGCUUGGUUUAGACCCCUCUAAUAUGCAUAGAUUUUCAAGAAUCAGCAACAAUGACUUGGACCAAGAAAUUAUCACAGCACUCCAAUUCACACCUAAUGCCGGAGAAUCCUUUAUACAAGGCAGUUUUAGGGGAAGAGGAAUUAGAAUACAACGAUGGCGAUUAAGAGAAAGACUUAAUGUAAUUGACCCUGUUGGUAGAGCACUAAGAAAAAGAAGAGCAAUUCAAAGACGUGUAUACAAUGUAGAAUGAAUAAAUCAUCUCUGGCAUGUUGAUACAAACCAUAAGCUAAUAGCUUGGCGAUUUGUGUUUCAUGGAUGUAUUGAUGGGAAAAGUCGUCUCAUUACAUAUCUGAAUAUAGCAGAUAACAACAAAAAAGACACAGCAUUGACAUUUUUCAGAAUUGGUGUUAGUAAAUAUGGCUUGCCAUCAAGAGUAC